AUGAACGUAGACAGGCGGAAUGACCGCAGGGCGAAGAGAACCGCCCAUUCAUCUCCUUACGCUCGCCCAACAAAACACAGCAAGCCAGUUUCAAGGAAAAAAUCGCUAUGGAGCAUUUCUGGUUUAAUGAGCUUCUUACGAUUCGGUGGCGCUGAGGAGGAUGAUCGAGCUGAGGAUCUGGUGCGCUCAAGUGCCUCGUCCUCCAGUAAUGACGAGGACGAGGAUUUGCAGAUUCAGGAACAGGAGGGACCCCCUCAUAUUCCGACUCGUCAAGUGCAACUUGAUCGGAACUCUGCGCCUGAAUUUGUGCUCCCUCUUCCUCCUGGUGAUGUACCGCCAGGGCACGAGCCUUCACAGGAACUGGUAUACCCACCUGCUUGGGAUGCCCAACAACCGGGACCUUCCAAUACAUCCCAAUUCGUCACACCUGCCCGACAGCCUUUCUACAAUUUAAAUACACCACCUCACCAAACCAAUAUUCCUUCCUACUUGCAGCAAAGCCCUUCACUUGCUAAGAACCUCGAGCCCGUUACUCGUUUCCUUGUCGAGAAAGCAGGGCGGCCUCUUAACGAAUUUGAGGCAGCUGGCAUCGUAGACUACAUCCAGAAGAACGUGCAAGCAGACAAACCUGAGCCAUUCCGGUUCUCGACAUCUCCGUCGCGUGGAUCCUCUCCUAACCUUGGGUUUGGAACACCAAAUGGUGUAUCAAGCAACACACACGUUCCGAAAAAGACCCUAUUGCGCAAUCCCAACGGCAUAUUGCGCUGGCAAGGUGCGGGUAGUGCACGUCCACGAAACCGAUAUCGAUCACCUGGGUUCGGGUCUCGGCCUCAGGGCCCUCGUAUUGAGCUAUCUCCCAUACGGACACCUUCUGCGACCGAUGCGAAACGUCGCCGUGUCGGCAAUGAAGCUGAGUCUUCGACUGCACAGAAGUCUUCUCCCCCAUCAUCGACGUCUAACAUCGUCUUCCCGACUUCAAAUUCUACUUCUCCCACCCGUUCUACACCUGUGAUCAAUGACAAGACUCUAGUUCCACCUGUACCUGUGUCGGCAUUGGCUCCUGCGGCUGUUGUUACGCCAAAGGCGAACGGAACCACUACGCCUCGUUUACGCACUGCGGGUCUUGCUGUAAAGCCCACGACCCCAGCCGUACCUUCACCUUUACGACAAACAUGGAAGCAGAACGAUUCACCGCCACAACCUCCAGCACGACCCACGCGUGCUGCAAACUAUAUGACGGGGCUCAUUAAGGAAGUCACCCCCGUCAAGAAACCUGACGUGGCGAACCCGUACCAAACUGCAAGUCCUGUAAAGAUGCCCAUUAGGAAGCCUCCCGUGAGACGCUCGCGCCCUCCAGCAGAGAAAAAAGAAAAACCGCAAAAGGAGCCAGAAAUCACCGCGCAGGCGAUUAUUGAAGCCACAGUGCCGAAGGGAAGUAAGCGCGCAAGGCCUCCGCCAGAAAUAGAGAGGCAAGAGAAACCCACUCGCGAAGCUCAGGACACAUAUGUCCCGAAGACCAAUGGUCACAGCAAGACCGCAAAGCCAAUGGUCAUUACCGAAGAAGUUGCAGACCAGGACGAAAGCCCUACAAAGAAGCAAAAGACCGCGAAACUUACUCCCGUCGUACUGUCCGUGGAAGAGGUGGAGGAUGUUGAGAUGGUUCAGGACAAAUCUUCGGUCUUUACGCGGCCUGUUGAGAUUAUCGAGCCUGUCGAAGAUGCCCCUUCAUCACUCAUUACGCCAAGCGCCACGCCGUUCCCCUUCUCACAUACUCCAUCCCCGGCUUUGCCGAUGAAGACUGCAUUUGGAACUAAGACGUCGGCUCCUAGGGAGCCAUCCAAGUUGCGGUACAGUUACUACGCAGACAAGGAGACUACGUCAGCUGAGGAGAAACCAAUAUCUGAGGCGCCCCCGGCACAAUUGAUAACAUCCUGUCUCCUUCCUAAGGAAACCCAGACUACGUCCUCCAAGGCGAAGCUGCCCCCCAAAGAGGCUGUAGCAGCUAUGGAAGUCGAUGAGUUGCCGAAGUAUAAAUUCAAUCUUGCUGAGGCCGCCUAUCCCGCUGGGCCCAGCCACGUCAAAGCUCGCAUCACAGCUACCAGCAUGUCUCGGCUUUCCCUCCCUGUCUUCGAGUUCAAGCCAGUAGCACCAUCCACAAACGGGUUCAACUGGACUGCAGCGGGCAUGAAGGUACCUGCUGCUACUACCUCUGGUACUUGGUCGUGCGGCACAUGCAUGCUGGAGAACCCUGCCAGCGCCGAGGAUAAGUGUACAAUCUGCGAUGCGCCGAGGUCAGGUAGUGCCGCACAGCCUGCAGCUGCACCUCAGAAGAUGUUUGACUGGUCAAAAGCCGCUAUCAAAAUGCCUUUAACAGAGCACGUUGAGACUUGGCAGUGCGAUACUUGCAUGCUAUCUAAUCCAGAUAGUGCAAAGCUCGAAUGUACUGUCUGUGACGCGGCCCGUCCUGGUGCAGCUUCGUCCCCGGCUCCUACAGGGUUCAACUGGUCUGCUGCAGGGUUGAAGGUUCCAGGCUCAUCCAUGGAUACGUGGACUUGUUCCCUCUGCAUGUUGAAGGUCCCUACCAGCGCGACCAAGUGUACGGUUUGUGACACUGCCCGAGACACGAUGGACUGAAUUUAGAAGAAAGCAGUGUGGAGAAUCAAGUCGCAUAUAUGCUCUACGUCAAGAGCAUGGUAUGGUUUGGGAUCAGAGUUGCGUAUUAGCGCGGUACUUGUCACAUGCAACUAUCAACUUGUUGUCCCGAACGUUGUCUUGUACCUCAUUCCUCCGGUGUCUGAUUUUAUCCAUUACCACGUUCAAGUUUAUUAGUUCACACGUAUUCCCUUAUUUCCUACAUUGCAAGGCUAGUCGCUAUAUACACAACCAAUGCAAGUGCGGAACGGAGGAUUUAU